AUGUCUGGCCGCGGCAAAGGAGGCAAAGUUAAGGGAAAGGCAAAGUCCCGUUCCAACCGCGCUGGAUUGCAGUUCCCAGUCGGUCGUAUUCACCGUCUGCUCCGGAAGGGCAAACUAUGCGAGCGUGUCGGUGCCGGCGCUCCAGUCUACUUGGCUGCCGUUAUGGAAUAUCUGGCCGCUGAAUUGGCCAUCCGCAACGACGAAGAAUUGAACAAGCUGCUGUCCGGUGUUACCAUCGCCCAAGGUGGUGUUCUGCCCAACAUUCAGGCUGUCUUGCUGCCGAAGAAAACCGAGAAGAAGGCAUAA